GCAAUAAUAAUCGUCCCGGGCCCACGUCAAGCGGGACCCACAGGACGACCCCUGCACUGCGUCCAAAUUCAAUUCUACUGCAACCAACGAACAAAACAGGACGGACAAAAGCGAAGAGAGAGGAGAGGAGAGAGAGCCCCCAGCCUACAAGCCACCGGCCACCACCAGAUGUGAGACGAACAGAGCCAAGCCGACGAGGGUAGUUUUAAAACUCUGCGCCGAGAGGAGAUUUGCGGACUGCGGAGGAAGACCAACUGGGUGAAAUUCUGCGUCGGCGCGGGGGCGGCCAAUGGGAGGGGCGGAGGCGGCCGUCGUGGAGGCCGCGUCGACCGCUGCGGCAGCGGAGGCCGCUGAGGGCGGAGAGGACGGGCGGAUGGAGGGGUGGCUCUACCUGAUCCGAUCCAACCGGCUAGGGCUGCAGACCUCGCGCAAGAGGUACUUCGUGCUCGAGGACUCCGCGCUCCGCUGCUUCAAGGCCGCCCCGGCGCCUUCCUCCUCCAGCUCCAAGCGCGAGGAUCCUGUUAGAAGUGCAGUAAUUGACUCUUGUAUACGUGUUACGGACAACGGGAGAGAAAGUGUUCAUAGAAGUGUUUUUUACAUAUUCACACUCUACAAUGCCUCUAACCACUAUGAUCAGCUGAAGUUGGGUGCUAGAAGCUCAGAAGAAGCAGCAAGAUGGAUCAGGUGCUUAAUGGAGUCUGCCUUAAAGUCCCCCAGAAAAGAUGAGCAUGUUGUUGCUUGUUCACAUAGAAGGUGGCAGGCUUUCAGACUAAGCCGCCGCAGUAACCGCAUGCACUCAAUAGAUUGGACAAUAUUGUCAUCUUCUCAUAAUGAUCCAAUGGCAUCUGAUGUUAUUGCACCUUCUGCAUGGACAAUAUUUGGCUGUACAAACGGAUUACGUUUGUUUACUGAGGCAAAGGAUGGUGGCUCACGUGGGAAGUAUUGGGAUGAUCAUCCAGCUAUAAUGGCAGUUGGUGUCGUUGAUGCAAAUUCUGAGGAUAUCUUCCAGACUUUAAUGUCUCUUGGUCAAUCAAGAUCCGAGUGGGACUUCUGUCUGCGGGAAGGAAGGGUGGUUGAGCAUCUAGAUGGACAUUCAGACAUAAUCCACAAGAAAUUAAGAGGGGACUGGCUACCAUGGGGAAUGAGAAAGAGAGAUCUAUUACUUAGACGAUAUUGGAGGAGAGAAGACGAUGGAACUUAUGUUAUCCUGUACCACUCUGUUUUCCACAACAGAUGCAGUCCUGAGAAAGGCUACAUCCGUGCAUGUCUUAAAAGUGGAGGAUAUGUAAUAUCACCAGUUAGCCAAGGAAGACAAUCAGUUGUGAAGCAUAUGCUUGCUAUAGACUGGAAAUUCUGGAAGUCAUAUCUCCUUACCUCAUCCGCAAAAUACAUCACCAUACGUAUGCUAGGAAGAGUAGCAGCCCUACGAGAAUUAUUCCGAGCAAAAAAUGGAAACUGCGCUUGUAUGGAAUUCUCAUCGGGUGAGCUGAUGAGGGAUAUGGGACUGCCGCAGGGUGGAAACGAGCGGACAAAAAUAGAAAUGCAGUCAGCAAAUGAGUGUGAAAGACUUGAGGGUCCUGUAGAAGGACCACAGGGUGGUUCUAACCGGCACUUAAGCAGUACUGGUUCCCUUGUUCAACUUAAUGAUGCAACGGAUGAGUUCUUUGAUGUCCCAGAUGAAUCAGAAUAUGAUCAGAGAGAAGCCAUGUGGUCUUCUGAUGAGAGCACACAUGCUGCGGACCAACGACAUGCUAAAUUAUCCAGUGCUGCUGUCUUUGUACGGAAGUUGCAUGAUCUUGCAGUUCAAAAGAGAGGGUACGUUGAUUUACAGGGAGCUGCAGAUGCUGAUAAUGGACCAUGUUACUAUGGACAUACUCUCCCAAAAGAUUCUAGCUGUACAAUGCCUUCUAGUUGGUCAAUGACAGACCCGACAACAUUCUUAAUACGGGGAGAAUCCUAUUUGCUUGAUCGUCAAAAGAUCAAAGCAGAGAAUACACUGAUGCAAAUGGUUGGUGCUGACUGGAUAAAAUCUGAUAAGCGUGAGGAUGAUCUUGCUGGUCGUCCUGGCGGACUAGUCCAGAAAUAUGCAGCACAAGGAGGCAGCAAAUUUUUCUUCAUUGUAAAUAUACAGGUUCCUGGUUCUACCACGUACAGCUUAGCUUUGUAUUAUAUGAUGGAUACCCCAUUGGAAAAGGUUCCUCUACUUGAAAGAUUUGUAAAUGGAGAUGAUACAUUCAGAAACUCAAGGUUCAAACUCAUCCCUUAUAUCUCAAAGGGAUCUUGGAUUGUGAAGCAGAGUGUGGGCAAGAAAGCUUGUUUGGUUGGUCAAGCACUAGAAAUCAAUUAUUUCCGUGGAAGCAACUAUUUGGAGCUUGGAGUUGAUAUAGGCUCGUCAACAGUGGCACGAGGUGUGGUGAGCCUUGUGCUCGGGUACUUGAACAACCUGGUGAUUGAGAUGGCCUUCUUGGUACAGGGCAACACGCAAGAAGAGCUCCCGGAGUUCCUCCUAGGCACCUGCCGACUGAAUUAUCUCGACGCCUCCAAAGCUGUAUCGCUAGACGAAUGCUGACCUGACCUCUCAAGGUCAAGGAGGCCUCAAGUUGACCCCAAUUCUCUUUGGAAGCAUGAGUACAGCACAUCAAAGCCGAAAAGGCUCAAGCUACUCCCCGUGUCCACCCGCCAUACACUCAUUUGUCUGCCUUGCCGCCCACAAAAGUGUGGGGGGUUUGCCGCAGCAGUGUACAUUCAUUUCUCCUCCUGCUGCAAAUAGGAGGUGUUGCGGUGUAUUGAUUGAUUGAUUGAUGAUGGCAGUGUACUACUCGUAUGAUGCAAAUCCUUGCUCCCAUUCUUUGGCCGACAGCUCGUCAUUUCAUUCAUCAUGUAAAAAUUGAGACAAAAGGAAAGUGUAUUCUAACCC